AUGGAUGAGACAGGUAACUCAGCGAAUAACGAGAUAGAAGCUGUAAACAAUGUUCCAGUAACAGAAAGCAAGCCUCCACCAAGUUUGAGUUUCGUGAGUCCAGUGAUCAUCAGUUUACAGAAUGAGCCACCACCACCAGCAUACACAUCUUACGAUCAGUUCGUACCUCCUCCAGCUGGUUAUCAUCAAGCUGGUUUUUCUAAAGUGAAUCGCGUGCAGCCGCAGCCAGUGCCUAACAAUAUGAUGUUUGCGCCUAAUCAAGGUGCUAACGUCAAUGAUUUCAUGAUAUGGUCAGUUGUUAACUGUCUAUGUUGUUUAUGGCCUGUAGGCCUCAUUGCCAUAAUUCUCUCUUGUGUAGUAAUGCAAAAGAAGAAAGAUAACAAUAUGGAAAGCGCUAAGAGUUUGUCAAAAGCAACUGCUGUAGUGAACGGCAUUGCUACUGUUGGUGGUAUUGGUUUCAUUAUCUAUAUCAUUAUUUCCGUCACUCAGAUGCUUCGAUCCAGUGUAUACUAA